AUGGAUGGGCUCGGCUGGCCCGUGGACUGCCCAGGCCCGGCUGGGGCCCAACGACCAGCGGCGCCCCUUCACAGCCGCUCGAGGACCGCCGGGAACCAACCACACCUGCCGACGAUGGCCGACUACUCUCCCCUCAGCCGAUACUCAACACACCGAACAGUCCACUUCUCACCAUCAACAACGACCAACACACCCAGCCAGAAAACGGCGCAGAAAAACCAGGCAGAGAACCACCAGCAAUGGAUCCAGGACUUGGUAGAAACCACCCACGACCAGCGGACCAGCUUCAACCACUUCCCCAAACCCUCAACAUCCUCCUAUUUCAGCUCCUCCACCCCGCUUUCGUCUUCCGUCUACAACAGACCCUCCCCAUCAGUUACCUCCACACCCCGCAAAACGCCCGCGCCCUCUAGCCGAGUCCCGAUCAGUCUCAACCCCACGCUCGCCACCACAGGCCUCAUCCUUGGCCAGAAAUCUAUCCUCGACCGGAUCCGCGUCAACCUCCUCUCGCUCAUCGUCGUAUGGAUCCUCACCUCCACCCGGAUAUACAACCAGUGCAUCCAGACCGUCGGGGCUCGUCUGCCCUUCCUCUCGGUCCCGCUCCAAGUCACAGAGUGGCUGUUGCUAGUCCUGCUGUGUUGGAACCUGCUGGAGGGCUACUACAGACUGAAGACCCAGACGCCGGUGACGCACGUAGAUCUGCCGCUGACGCCGCAGCAGAAACGCGGCGGAGCUGUGCAAGUCCUGCACAAGAACCCUCUCUCCGUCUCCCUGGGACAUGGCGACGAUCCGGGCCGAAGAUCUGCCCAUUCGCCGCUGCUCACCCGACACAGCCUGCUCAGCUCCUCGCUGCGCUCCUCGCCCUCGUCAGGUUCGACCCGCAGGGCGACAGACAAGGACGAGGACUCCUACGCUCGCACUUCGUCCGGCUUCAGAAACGUCUCUAAUCAACUCAGUCUCCAGAAACUCCUCGACGAAAACUUGUUCCCCUCUUCUACCAAUUCGACUCAUACUCCUUCCUCUUCUUGA